GACUCCGGUGCGCCUGCGCAAAGUCGAUCUCGUGAGCUGUGUCAAUGUGGGACGAAAAGCAGCAAAUCUGAACCCUUGCGUUUGAAUUCUGCCUAUAAAACCGACAUUUUGGAAUCAUAUCGCGUGUUUUAUCGUGUCUGCAGUCUGUGUGGAUCAUGUCGAGCAGCUCGAAACGGAAAGAGGAGGUUCAUGCGGUGAAUGGAGGAGUAAAGCAGUCCACAUGGAGCAAAGCCAUCAGCUGUAAAGCAGUGUGGGAAGAGAAGGAUGAGUUUUUAGACGUGGUCUACUGGUUCCGGCAGAUCAUCGCCAUCAUUCUGGGUGUGAUCUGGGGAGUGGCUCCGCUGAAGGGCUUUCUAGGCAUCGCCAUAUUCUGCAUCAUCAACGCAGGUGUGCUCUACGUGUACUUCAGCAGUUUCCAGCAGGUGGAUGAGGAGGAGUAUGGAGGAACGUGGGAACUCACCAAAGAAGGCUUCAUGACUUCAUUCGCUCUCUUUCUGGUGGUCUGGAUAAUCUUCUACACGGCGCUACACUACGACUGAGGACACACAGCAAACCCACAGAGACAGACGGACACCGAGCUCAUGACCGUGCAUCUGCCGCUUCUCCAGGCGUCUGUAUAUGGGUGAGCCUGGAGGAAGAGGUGCAUCAUGGGACGACAGGCGACGCGUCAGUGACCUCCUGGAGGCCGUCGAGGGGGGGUGGGAUUGAGUGUUUAGCUGAUGUUGUCCAGUGCACUGCCAUGGCUAAUGGGUCAACUACUCUUAUAUCCGUUCCUCCUCUCUGCUGCUUCUUGCUGGAAUGGCAGGAUUUAACUUAAUUUUACGUUUGUUUGUUUGUUUGUUUUCACGAUUAGCUUCCAACACGGAUCGUCUUACUCUGUUAUGAGCGGUUAAAUCAGAUUAGGAGCGUGUAAAUUCUGUACAAUUCAUUUUAUCGAGUCCAUAAUGUAUUAAAGUAUUUCUUACGUCUGGUCGAUGUGCUCCCUCACUUCUCAGUAUUUUAUAGUGUAUUGACGGAAAUGCGAAUGUCCUGUAUGCUAGUCAUGAUUAACACGAGGCUGUAGAGAGACUGUAUCUUCUGGCUGAGAUGUUUUGGAGAAUUAAAAUAAAACCCGGGCUUUGUCCGCCCCACACUUUUCAACAAA